GAGGAGGAUGAGACAUUCUGCCAGGUCGACUCUCCUUCUUCACAAGGUGAAUGUCAGGAGUGCUGUUAUGUAGAAGCUGUGCUUGACCACACCAAGUGAGUUUGUGAGGGUUUGUGAGGGUUUGUGAGGGUUUGUGGGCGACAGGAAAGAGGAACCAGAGGGAUAAACGCCAGGGAGGGUGACACUGGGAUGCAAACUGGGAUUACUGUUUCUUUAUGUGAAUACCAGCAGGACGGGAAAGGAGCGGAAGAUAAAAAUCCAAGCUGGAGGAGGUGCGAUCCGGGUUUGGAGGUGAGGUUCUGUGCGUAUUUGGCGCGUCUGUGGCGGAGGAGAGACUGCGGGAAAUGUGCACUCCAAGCUGGAACAUCUCCCGUCUUGUCGUUCUCCAUCGAAGAGGCAUCUGGAAGUAGUGAGAUGUGAAGAAGCUUAAAGUAUGGCAUGCAAAGAUGCUUUCUGCCAACAAGAAGGAGAUGGUGACAGCCAUGCGGCUCGUUUCCAUUCUGGCUUUCGUCUACUUUUUCUCUUUGGCGACUUGUGUCAACAACACUACAGCACAAACACGGAAGGAUGAAAGGAUAUAUCCGGAGAAUUUUACUCGGAUUUUAGACAGACUACUUGACGGUUACGACAAUAGGCUGAGACCUGGAUUUGGAGGACCUGUGACUGAGGUCAAGACCGACAUUUACGUGACAAGUUUUGGGCCCGUCUCCGAUGUUGAAAUGGAGUAUACGAUGGAUGUCUUCUUUCGGCAGACGUGGGUGGACAGAAGGUUGAUGUACGAGGGCCCCAUUGAGAUUUUAAGGCUCAACAACUUGAUGGUGACCAAAGUUUGGACGCCAGACACUUUCUUCAGGAACGGAAAGAAGUCAGUGGCCCACAACAUGACGGCACCCAAUAAACUGUUCCGCAUCAUGAAGAACGGCACCAUUCUCUACACCAUGAGAUUGACAAUUAGCGCCGAAUGUCCCAUGAAGCUUGUGGACUUCCCCAUGGACGGCCACGCGUGCCCCCUCAAGUUCGGAAGCUACGCCUAUCCCAAAACCGAGAUGAUCUAUACUUGGACUAAAGGGCCCGAGCACUCUGUGGAAGUCCCUCCUGAGUCUUCCAGCCUGGUUCAGUAUGAUCUCAUCGGCCAGACGGUCUCCAGUGAAACCAUUAAAUCCAUCACAGGUGAAUAUGUGGUCAUGACGGUCUACUUCCACUUGAAAAGGAAAAUGGGCUACUUCAUGAUUCAGACAUAUAUCCCCUGCAUAAUGACAGUAAUCCUGUCCCAAGUGUCCUUCUGGAUAAAUAAAGAGUCAGUCCCGGCACGAACAGUUUUCGGCAUCACCACCGUGCUGACCAUGACAACACUCAGCAUCAGCGCCCGCCACUCCCUCCCCAAGGUGUCGUACGCCACCGCCAUGGAUUGGUUCAUCGCAGUCUGCUUCGCCUUUGUCUUCUCCGCCCUCAUCGAGUUUGCCGCCGUCAACUACUUCACCAACGUGCAGAUUGAGCGGGCCAAAAAGAAGCCGGCCAAAUGCCCCCCUGUGCCCCAAAGCACGCCAGUCAAGGUCAAGGACACAGAGGAAGUGCUGCAGCAAAACCCAGACAGCAACGGCAACCUGAGAAAGCGUGUCAAUUACAUUUCCCACCACGAAGCGACCAAUCACCAGCAAGCCCAGUCCACCACCAACAUUUCCGGUGUGGGAAGAGCCAGACCGCUGCGAACUUUCAACAGCGGAGCCAACGGAAGCUCGUCGUCCAUCUCCCGCUCCAGUCCCAAAUCUGAGAACCUGCUCAGCGUGGCCUCAUCCUCGGAGGAGAAACAGCUGGUGAAGAACACCGCCCAGGCUGCGCCCCCCACGCCAGACGUGACGGCGGGGACUCCGUGCAAGCACAACGCCGCCUGCGCUUCCCUGCACCAACUGCUGGGGCCCAAACUGGAGCGCCUCCAGAUGAUGGGGAACAAAUCGGAGCUCAAGCAGACGCCGUGCUCCCAGCCCACCACUGCUGGGAUGGGCGGAACCAGCAAAAUUGACAAGUAUGCCCGAAUCCUCUUCCCGGUGUCCUUUGGGGCAUUUAACAUGGUCUACUGGGUGGUGUACUUAUCAAAGGACGCCAUGGUGGCGAGAGGGGCUUAGACCAUGCCACACAGAUGGAAAUAAGGAAAGGAAGAACUAAAGCACCUUGGGAUCCUAAGAGACAAAUUAGGAACUACUUGACUUACUUUGAGGUUACGCGCUAUUACGCACACUGGAUUAUGCACCGCAGUCAAGCUCAAGUACGAGACGUUGUAUUUUUCCAUCCGGCAUCUGGGAACACGCUUGGACUUGUGCUGGAUCCCGCUACCACACAUCUCUACUCACUGAGAGUGGACUGAGCAAGCCAGUAGGCCACGAGCCCAGGUUCCCAACCCACUGACCAGGGACCAGGGAUCAGGGAUCAGGGACCAGGGAUCAGGGAUCAGGGAUCAGGGAUCAGGGAUCAGGGAUUGAGGCUGACUUAACGUUCUAGCUCCUGUGUUUCACGUGCACCAACACUGUGUACAUGUUGUGUAAAUAGACCUGUUCAAUACCACUUACUAACAUGGGAAAUUGAAGACCUUGUUGAUGCUGAGAGUGAAUAUACGUAAAGACUCUACUUGUUCCAAAUCCCCCAAGCGAAGUAAGUGAGAGGCAUUUGAAUGCACCGUGGAUUGGAAGGGAAAAAGGAGCUUUGCUUGUGGUCUUGAUGAGCUGUGGAAAGCCUCUUGUACAGCACUUCCUCCUUCCCUCACCAAGCAUCCUUCUCAUACAGGAUGGAUUAACUCCAUGUAGCCAAAGACUGCAAAUAAAAGUGGUGGGUCGGGCAGACAGAAAGUAGUAAAGACAAGUUAUUAAUGAAGGCUACAAUAAGCUUCUUUCCUACUACAAUGGAGCCGUGACGUCACCGCCGUGUGAAUAAAUAGCACAGACGGAAGGCGUCUGUUCUCUGUUCCAGCCGUCACUGCAACAACAAUAAAGUUGUCAGCCGAGUGAAGGCUUUUGUAGUUAUUGUAUCAUAGCAGACACAAUACAUAUAGAGAGAGGGAUAUUUACACAAAUAAUCAUCAUUUCCACUGCAGCAAUAGUGUCAUGAUCAUAAUCAUGGAGCAAAUGAGGAUACACAGUCGUGGGCCAUGUACGCUGGCAAAAUCUUGACUUUUGUUACUAAGAAAACACAUCAGCUUUUCAGUGUGUUUGUUGAUAAAACCGUCCAUCCGUCCAUCUUCAUCCUCUCAGCCCAAAGACCAGAAGCCCAGGUUUCCCUCUUCCCUCUCCUCGGUGACCAAGUGGUCAAUCAAGACCCGCUUGCCCAUGGGACUCAGCUCCAUCUUCACCACAACCUCCUCUCAUCCCCGACCCGGAGAUGGCAUUUCACCCUUUUCCCGACGAGAACUUUGGACUUGGAGGUGCUGAAUUUCAUAAAUUUCAGCUGAAGAUAAAUAAAGGAAAAUACAUUUGUGGGGAUCACAAUAGAUGAAAAUAUGAACAAAUAUACAACAUAAGGUGGCCAGAAAUAUUUCAAUAUCACUCCACACUCUUUAUUGCUCUCUGGUUCUACCAUAUCUUCUUAUUGUGUGGAAAUAUGGGAUAAUAACUAUAAAAGCAAUCUUCACUCGCUAAAUGCAAAAAAGGUCAGUAAGGAUAAUUCAUAAUGCCGCCCUCAGAGAACAUACUAACUCCUUAUUUCUAAAAUCACAAAUACUUCAACUUGCUGAUAUAGUUCAUCUUCAAACAGCUAAAAUAAUGCAUAAGGCUAAAAAUAAGCAAUUAGCUAAAAAUGUCAUCCAAUACUUCUCUACAAGAGAGGAGAAAUAUGAUCUCAGGGAAGAAGUACAUUUGAAACACUUCUAUGCUAGGACUACGUUAUGCUAGCCAUAGCAUUUGAGUAUGUGGAAUCAAACUAUGGAAUGGAUUGAGUAAGGAAAUCAAACAAUGCACAACGAUGAGCCAAUUCAAGAAACAAUACAAGCAGUUGAUGUUUGCUAAAUCCAAGGAUGAAGAGUCUUGAACCAGUCAUGAUGUGCUAUAUAUAUCACUAUAUUGACACGCACUAUGGUACACAUUAUGGCAUUGGAUGCUCAUAUCACACAGUACUUUGGUACGGGACAAAAAUACUUCUACUAUAUUAGGAAAGCAGGAAGUGAACAAAUGUAACAGUUAGUGAUUGGAGAUGGAUGGACCAGAUGGAGGGGUAGGACUUAAUAAGCUUUGCUUCUUCCUACUCCUUUUGGACAUGUGGAACUGGGAACUGAUUAUGGGAUGCAUUCAAUUGGAAUCUGAUGCAUGUUCAAAUGAAAUGAAACCAUUCCCAAGAUCAAGGACCCGACCCUGCAGCCCCCAAACCUUGUAGAAAUUCUUGUCCAUAAAGGUUAUGAACAGAAUCAGGUCAAAUUGAAUGUAUUGGCCAUGUGUCCCAAUACUUUUGUCCACCAAUUAGAAUGUGAGUUGUAUGUUAUAAGCAGACACACAUGAAGUAGAGAAUGAAAGUGUUCCACCCACACGCGUUCCUUCAUCCAUACGGUGGUGGUGGUUGCCCCCCGUCUGUGUUAGCCUAACGGGACGGAUGAUGCUGUCGCACACGCGGGCUGAUAGACAGAUCAAGAUGCCUACCGCCACUCAUCCCUCCUGAACGCAGCCAUGUGCGAAAUUGAUUUUGCCGUUAUUACUCCUCUGCUGCGCUCCCAUUUGCGCUCCCGUCCGUCGCAGCGUGCAGGAUGGAUCUAAAAACAGCGAACCUCCACAUCCUAAUGAGGAGCUUGUCAACAACAGAUUGAUGUUCAUUCUUUAUACGUGCUAAGUCAGUGCGUGCAUGAUUGAUAGCGCUGCCGCCACCAUAUUGUGGAGAUAUUUUUUCCCAUUCUU